UGGAGCCAGACAAUCGAAGAUUCUUGUGGGAGUUGGACCUAAACUAACUAAAGAAGUACUAAAUACGGAAUACGUCAUCAUGUUCUUGGAAAAACUACUUGUGAGCCUGAUACUGCUCAACGUGGUGGGCCUUUUGAUGGGCGCCACAGUAACCACUCGUCGCAUUCAGCCGCGGGAAACGAACUCCUGCGAGGGCCGUCAGAGUCCCGGGCCCAUCUGCGAAUCCUGCGAGCUGCUGGCCACCUGUGUGCGUCACUCGAAUGGAUGGGUGAACAUCCCAGUGGAGUCCUGCGACGUGGCCAAUGGAUACUACUGCAAUGCUCGACUUGGUAGCUGUACCAACGAGACGGGACCAUGCCAUCCAUUCGGAAUCGAGGGCAACUUCCAGUGCACCUCGCAGGGCAUCUUUCCGGAUCCGUACGACUGCCAGAAGUACCACAUGUGCUAUUUUGUGGGCGCCACUUUGGUAGCCGCUGCCGUGGAUUGUGGCAAUGACAGGGCUUUCGAUGCGAGAACAGGUCAGUGCACCCUGACCCUGAGUGACACAGUCUGCCUGCAAAGGCAGUACUACUGCCCCAAUGCCGGACACGUGGCCCCCUGGCCCACUAACCCCAAUAUCUUCUACGUGUGCAAGUCGACGGUUAACCAGAACCUGAAUGACACCAUCGUCAUCUACCCAUCGCUGCACAGGUGCAACGAUGGAGAGACCUUCGUGGACUAUGUAUGCCGCAGCGGUUCGAAUGUCCUGCCCCCCAACACGGAUGAUCCUUCGGUGAUAAUAGAGGAUCCCAAUGACGGGGAGUUCUCCUUGAUGCCAAGCACAUGCAGACACGUAGGCUUGAUAGCCGAUGGAAACGAUUGCCGGAAGUACUACUAUUGCUCGGCUCUGAAUGGCACCCUGCGGCAUAUGGACUGUCCAGUGGGCACUUACUACCGGCCGGAGUCUUCAGCCUGCAUCUUAGGAACUUGCUAAUGAUACAGACUUGAAUUUCUUUUAAACCUUUUAAAACUUUUUAAGUAUUUAAAUUUUUGAAUGAAUAUGUAAAUUAUAAUAAAA